AAAAGGAUCUGUGCACGCCUGAUCUAUGCGCUUAGAAUGUAGAAUAUACAUCUUAUUAUAUAGUCAAUCCAUUUGUUGUGCCCCUGUUAGUAGUUUGGCCGGCAACACCUGCUGAACUGGAUAAUUUUUGCUGAAACUCACUCGUAUAAAUCUCAGAAGUUUAAAAAGAUGGCACAAAGUGGUGCUCUGUUAACUCGUUUAGUUGCUUCAUCAGUGACAGCAGCAACUAAAGCUGGUAAAAUUAUCAGAGAUAUCAUGAGCAAAGGAGAUUUGAAUAUUGUGGAAAAAGGAAAAAAUGAUUUACAAACUGAAGCAGACAGAUCAGCUCAAAAAUGUAUUGUCACAUCUUUGAGUCAACAGUUUCCAAAUGUUACAAUUAUUGGUGAGGAGGGUCCUUCGAUUGGUUGCGAAUUACCAUCUGAUUGGGUUGUGUCUGAUAUGGAUCAAGAAGUAUUAAAAGUAGAUUUACCAAGUGAGUUGAAUGAUGUUGAUGUUCAAGAUAUUUGUGUAUGGGUAGAUCCACUGGAUGGAACUUCAGAGUACACUCAAGGACUUGUAGAACAUGUAACAGUAUUAGUUGGUAUUGCUGUAGGAGAUAGAGCUAUUGGUGGUGUUAUUCAUCAACCUUAUUUUAAAAAUUCAGAAAAUGAUUCUCUGGGAAGAACGAUAUGGGGUAUUGAUGGUGUUGGUGUAGGUGGUUUCAAACUCAUAAAACCAGCUGAAGGAAGACGUGUCAUUACCACAACCAGGUCUCACUGUGAUAGUACUGUACAGGCUGCUUUAGAUGCCUUGAAACCUGAUGAAAUUCUAAGAGUUGGAGGUGCAGGUUAUAAAGUCAUGCUUCUGUUAGAGGGAAAAGCUCAUGCUUAUGUAUUUGCAAGUAAAGGUUGUAAAAAAUGGGACACGUGUGCUCCAGAAGCUAUUCUACAUGCUGCAGGAGGAUGUUUGACCGACCUUCAUGGAAAAAAAUAUUCAUAUAAUGCCAAAGUAAGCUACCCCAAUACAGGUGGAGUUUUAGCUACUGCUCCAGGUCAACAUCAACAAUGGUAUCUUUCACUCAUUUCAAGUGAGAUAAAACAAAGACUUGUAUGAAUUCUGCCUUUAUCA